AUGGCGUAUAGAUCAAUUGACGAUAUUGGCAGUAGACAACUCCGAAAUAGAUUAAACCGUUUACGUGAAAAUUUAAAUGACUUAAAUGAAAAUAUUGAGCAAAUAAUUCCGGAUGAAGUUCGAAAUGAAAAUGAGAUGCUGAACGAUGGUCUUCAAGGCUGGAACAAUGAAAUUAAAUGCUGACCCAAUAUUUCAUAGAGAAGAGAGAAUAGAAAUCUUGGAAGAUCAAUUUAAUGUCACUGAAAAAAUUUCAAGCGAUGAGAGUGAUUAUCAACCGGAUAUAAACAAUGAUGGAGAUGAUAGUGAUGAUGAAGAUGAUAUUGAUAAUGAAAAUGAUAGGGAUGAUGAAGAUUAA